GAACCGACUCAAAACCCCACCGCUAAUUUAGACCGUUCCCACGACCGCGUCUACGAAUGCACAACCGACGUAGUGAGGGCGGUAAUGUCACUCUCUCAAGGCGUUCAACAAGCCGUAGCGGAGCAGUACCUCGAACUAGUCAAGAAGGUUGGAAUUGAGCUGAGAUCGCUGCUAGCCAGCGUCGACGAGAUCGUUUCGGCUUUCCCAGUAGCCGCCCAACGGGAAGUAGAGAUGGCUCACAAGGUUUUAUCCAAAGAUAUGGCGGAGUUGGUGAACGCCAUGAAGUUAGCGCAGCAGUACAGCCACACGACUUUAGAUGCUGAAUACAGAAAGGGCAUGUUGGGAGCAGCUCAUGUCCUCGCUAUGGAUUCGAAAAACUUAUUGGACGUAGUGGACUCCAUCAGGAUUCGGCAUCCCCAAAUAAACCAACAACUAUUCAAAUCUAUCGAAUCUCUUUCGGAAUCUGAUCACAUCCAAGAUGAGGCACAAAAAAUGCCGGUUCCAUCCCAAUAUGUCAUGUUGUCCCCUACACCUGUAAGCUGUACCUUUGUGCAGGCACCCCUUUACACAAAUAACAUCCAGUCGUCGUCUUCGUCUAAUUUGAGUACAAACGUCUUGGAUAGUUAGUUUGAACGAUAGGGAAUGAAACCAGGUUUGUAGUUGUGUUGGGGAGAUCUGAAGUGUUGUAUUAUAUGGCGGCUGAGCUUUUUCGGUAUAUCAAAACUGUUUUUGUCCAAAAUUACAGGUGACUCAUUUAUAAAUGAAGCAAAUAAUUUUACUUACACUUUAUCUAUGAAACCUUCCUGAAACUCAUUUAAAUCAAUUCAUGUUCCAUCGUGUCAAAAAGUAAGUCUGGACAAAAUUAUUCAAAAUAAGUGUUAUGAAGUUGAGCUGCUUGAAAUUGGAGUAUUUUGGUUUUGAUGAAGAAAGGAACGAUAAAAUAAGGUUUUUUUGGAGAUUUCUGGCAAAUUUUCAAUUGAAGUCUUUCUAGGUGAUGGAAUUAAGAGCAAUAAAUAUUGCAAACAUCAUUACACUUCCCUAUUUCAAUAUUAUCAAUGCAUUGCAGUAGAUUUCACAUAUAAUAGGGAGAUGUACAAAAGAAUAAGGACUCUGGAGGGUGCCAGUUCCAAUCAAAAUUAUUCAUAUAUUGUUGUUCAGAUGAUGAUGGUUGAAGGGUUAUUACUGUUUUUGUUUUUUGUACAACAUACUAAAUGCAUUAACCAAAGAAGUUUGUGUCAUAAGUUUUUUUAACCGUGGUCUGCAGGUUUUUUACGCAUGUUUCGUCUACUACUGUGGUAACGGUCGUAACGGUCUGUGUGUUUGACCUAACAAACAAAUUAAGUAGAACAGUGGAAAAAAGCCACUUGAACACAACAACUUUAAAACUUAUUAUUAUAAUUCAAUUAAAUGUUGCCAUCAACUUUCCUUCAGAAGGUUAUAAGCAUAAGAAGUUACAAGCAAAAUUAUGCUGCAGACAAUGUGACUGUUGCACUUUUGAAUCACUGUGGGACAGCAUACUGCAGACUCCCUACACUGACAGGUGACACGAAUACAACGAUUCACUCGCGACAUCAAUUUCACCAAAAUCACUUUUACGAACAGGAGGAAACAACAUGGCAUCUGUGAGUUGGUAUAGAUUCUACUAAUAUCAUGUCCAAUUGGAUUUUGAUAUGUCAUUGAUUUUGACUUUACGACUGUGCUAUUGAAAUUAUUAGUUUCGUGCGGUUUGUAUUGGUGUUGUCUCAAAAAUUUGUUGCAAUAUUUUUUCAAAUGUAUCUUAUAUGUCUAAUGAUUUUCAAACUAGUAAUAUUAAGACGAAGAAACUACUGAAGAAGAAUUUAAUUGAAUUCGAAACGUCUGCAAGAAAACAAUUGUUUUAAAAAAAUUGAUUCUGUAACCCAACCAACCUUUUUACAGAAAAAUAAUUGGAACACUAAAGUAGUUAACAAAAAAUAUUUAGUUUGAUUAAAUUUUGUUGAAUAACAUAUCAGUGAAUAAAAGAAAUGAUGGGUGUUUUUCAUAGAUUUCAAAUUAUAUGCCAUCAGAAUCAUCAUGCCUUAAAUUCAUCUCCGGAAUGUUUUUGAAUUGUUUAUUCAUCGGCGUAUCCUUGUCAUUCAAUUCUGAAAUUUUGACAUGAGAGCAUAUUGACAUAAUUUUCACAAUAUAGCAAACGCACAUUUGUUUGUUUGUCCGACAAUAUGAUAUGUGCCGUAUAUUAUUCAAUGUUUGUUAUAUAUAACGAGGAAUUGACAACCUUCUCAUGACAAAGCUCAAAAAGUUUGUAUUAUGUUUAGUUCACAGUAGGUAGAUCUCGACUACUUGCUUUGAAAAAAAUUAUUACCUAUGAUGAAACUAAUGAUAUGUAACCAAUUCUUCAAAAAACACAUUUUGCGUUUCGUGUUGUUUAAUGUAUAAGUUUUAAAAUGUCCUUAUAGGACGAAACUGCAGUAAUUUCAGUUACAAAUAAAAGUGGUAAAAAAACAUAAAUUUUCAUUUCUCAUUUUACAUUUUGUGAAAAGAUUUCCCAUUCUGAUUUGAUAACUUUCAUUAUUUUCUUUGAUCAGUAUCAAGUUAUUUUAAUAUAUAUUACUGAUCUUCACAAGAGAAAGAACCUUAAUAAAUGAAAACUAUAUAGUCAAAAUCAAUAUUGAAUAGGACUAAUCGCAACGGUUUCUAUGGUGACCCCCCUGAAGUACAUCUGUGGUAGGUAAAAAAACAAGUGAUGUGAUUUCAAUAAACAAAAUGAAUCGAUCCCUUUGCCUCCAGAAAAAUCAAUAAUACAUCAGAUGGAAUUUUCAAGUGUAUUAAUUAUUGACUGAUAUAUCAAAAACCACUUUUAAAAUGAAAUCGUGAUAGAUGAAAUUGUUCAUUUCCUCUUAUUACUUAGUCUCAUUUUUCAAAAUGGGUUUUUACUUUUUCCAUAACACUUAUCUCAUCAUUUCAUACUUCUACAAAUAAAAAAGUAAUUUCAAGUAUGACAACACACCCUACAUCAAACUUUUGAAAGAUUAUCGGAGCCUUCUUUGUCACUUUAGGUGCAGGUCUUCGUCAUUCAGCAUCUGUUGACAUCGAGUCUUUAAUAAGGUUUUUCUAUAUAUUGAGUUUCAUUAAAAUUUUUGCCAGAAGUCUCCUGAAACCCAAAACCAAUAGUAUUCAGUAAUGACCUUAUAGGUUUUGUAUUUGCUUCUGAAAACUGACAGUUUAGCAAAGUCCAUCAAUUAGGUAGGCAAUGAAAUUAGGUAUAAUAGAAAUAUUUAUUAUAUGUCUUGUUUAAUUUUCAUUGACCCGAAUGAGAAUAAUAAAAUAAUUGUUGUAAACAAUUCGAUUCCUGCAGCAGCAUUUAUCAUUUCCCAUUGAAUGGGAAAACUGUUUUCCAUUUGGGUUUAUUUCUUGUUGCCUUCAACAAAUUUGAAAUAAACCAAUACAUAUCAAACAUCAAUAUUUCUAUUUUCAUCAUAAGUGAGAGUGGAAAACAGUUGGAACUUUAAUAAUGUGUUCACAUUUUACCGUUUAUUUUGAGAUUUUACUUGUAAAAAAAUCAUCUCUGUUGAGUUUUCCUCAUGUUUUAAAUUCAUGUGAAAAUUAAAGAUUUCACGAACACCUCAGUU